GAAAGAGCCAGACUCCUCAGAGGUCAGUCUGUUCAACAAGUGGGACCCCAGGGCCUUCUGUAUGUUCAGCAAAGAGAGCUGGCAGUGACCUCCCCAAAGGAUGGCUCCAUCUCCAUUCUGGGUUCUGAUGAUGCCACCACUUGUCACAUUGUGGUCCUGAGACACACAGGUAAUGGGGCCACCUGUUUGACGCAUUGUGAUGGAACCGACACCAAAGCCGAGGUCCCCUUGAUCAUGAACUCCAUAAAAUCCUUUUCUGACCACACUCAGUGUGGAAGGCUGGAAGUGCACCUCGUGGGAGGCUUCAGUGAUGACAGGCAGUUGUCACAAAAACUCACUCACCAACUUCUUAGUGAAUUUGACAGACAAGAGGAGGACAUUCACUUAGUGACCCUGUGUGUGACAGAAUUAAACGACCGGGAAGAAAACGAGAACCACUUUCCAAUAAUCUAUGGCAUAGCUGUCGACAUUAAAACCGCAGAGAUUUACAGAGCCUCCUUUCAAGACCGAGGUCCAGAGGAGGAGCUGCGUGCUGCACGAGCCUUAGCAGGAGGACCAAUGAUUAGCAUUUACGAUGCCAAGACAGAACAACUUCGUAUAGGACCGUAUUCCUGGACGCCUUUUCCACAUGUGGAUUUCUGGUUGCAGCAAGAUGAUAAGCAAAUAUUAGAGAACCUUUCCACGUCACCUCUGGCCGAGCCCCCCCACUUUGUUGACCAUAUUAGAUCUACCUUGAUGUUUUUAAAGAAACAUCCAUCUCCAACUAACUCACUGUUUCCUGGAAAUAAAGCUCUGCUCUACAAAAAAAAUGAAGAUGGUUUAUGGGAAAAGAUCUCUUCUCCAGGAAGCUAAGGAGAAUUACCAAAGAAUGCAGCUUUCUGGCCUGAGCAAAGACCACUGGCGGGGCCGGGAAGAAAGUACAUUUGAACUCCAUCCUUUGAGUCUUGGGCUCCUCCCUGACUCAGUGUCUCGAGUGACUUCCCAAAUAAAACCUUAUUUUGGCAAAGGUA